UCUAUUUUCUCACCAAUCCCAUCCCCCUUUUUCUCAUUCAUUAUCUUAUGUUAAGGUUCAAUCAUUUUAGCAAAUGUCCACCUCUGAAAUUUCAUCGUCUUCACCAAAUUCACUGCCUAAGGUUUCUGUUUCGGUUUCAGUUUCAGUUUCAGUUUCUACACAGAAAAUUCAAUCGGUGUCCAAAUCAGUUUCUGAAAGAUUACUUUUCAAAUUUUCAGAUGUUUCAGAAUUCGACUUUGAUUAUUCACGAAGUGGGCUAUGGUCCCCUCCAAUUCAAAGAAACGUGUUUAUGAACUCACCGGGACAGAUUCUCACUGAGCAUGACAUGGCUGCCAAGUUAAGAAGUGCAUUGGAAACGCAGCAUGCUCGGAGAAGAAGAUCUCGCCUUUCUUCUUCUUUUAAUGCAUGCUUGUGUUCUCCAAAGAGACGCUGAUUGAAGCUCAUGAGGCAUGCUUGUGAUCAUUUUAUAAUUGUCUUUAUAAAUGUAAAUUCUUUUUUCACCUUCUCUAUGAAAAUUUAGUUCUAAAAUUUUAUGUUA